AUGCCCAUGACGAGCGACAAUCUUGCUGCAGUGAUUUCGCACGACUUUGCCGAUCCGGGCGUCUUCUACGACCGUGCCAGCCAGACUUGGUACGCCUUUGGCACCAACGGCAAUGGCAAGAACAUCCAAUGCUCUUUCACCAAGGAUUUCUGCUCCUGGACUCAUCACGAGCACGAUUGUCUUCCCGGUCCACUGCCACCCUAUCAAGCCGGUGUGCCAGGCUUCCUUUGGGCACCUGAGGUGAUCGAAGCACCUCAAGGUCGAGGUGGCUACUUGAUGUACGUCUCGUGCCAAGACUCGAUCUACAAGAAACAGUGCAUCGGCGUCGCUUACUCGGACAACGAUCCGCGUGGUCCCUACCGGUGGAUCACCGAUCGACCGCUCAUCUCACGUGGCCAGACAGGAGGCACCCUCGACCCGCAACCAUUCGAGGAUCCGGCUAGCGGCAAACGCUAUCUCGUCUACAAGUCAGAUUGGGACAGCAUGUACACCAAACACCCACAGCUCUGGCUCUCCGAGCUCGCUCCCGACGGCCUCUCGCUCGUCGGAGAUAUGCACCCUUUGCAAGGUCCAAAACACGCCUAUCAGAACGGUCUGCUCGAAGCCCCUUACCUAUUCCACCAUCCACCCAGCAACGCGUACAUCCUCUUCUUCUCCUCGGGCACCUUCACCAACGGAUCGUACGCCACCUCGUACGCCAUCUCUCACAACGGUCUGUUCGGUCCGUACGAGUGUCCCAAUCGACCGUUAUUGGAAACGGACAAAGCGAGAAGCGUUAUGGGUCCAGGCGGCGCUGCAGUUGUCAAGGGAGUCGAGGACGAGUACUUCAUCGUGUUCCACGCGUUGGAGAGGGAGGAAGGAAACAGAAGGACGUGCAUCCAGAGACUCUGCUUCGCUCAGGACGGCACUCCGCACCUCCCCUCCAGACCCAACUGCGGAAAGAGGCUGCGCCUCGGUGCUGAACAAGAAGACGACAUGCACCAUUUCGGUAACCAGCCUAGCGUCCCCGCCUCCGCAAUCGAGUCUGGAUCCGGGUCUGGAUUCGGGUCUGGCGGAUCCAUAUCUAAGCUGCUAAACAAGGUCAAGAACAAGCUCGAUUCUUAG